UUCAUCCCCAGCUACAUACUUCAACCAAUUGUGACGGCUACGGACCAAGAGAAGCAGCAGUUCGUUGAGUUCGCCAAUAACUUAUUACAAGGCAAAUACAAGAGCGCAGAUGUGACCAGUUUGGCGCAACUCCUUCAGCUCCUUCAAAGUCGAGCUCCACUCGUUUAUCAGAAAGGUUUAGUCAUUUACAAGGCUUUCAUGGAUAAAGUGUAUUCUCUCAAUCCUGAAGCAGAGGCUUUUGUAAUAAAGUGGAUGAAUAAAUGGGCCGAAACGAUCAAAGCUAUGCCGACGGGUAAUGCUCUUCAGUUGUCAUUCGAUUUCAAUAAGCAAUUCUUCAAUGAUGCGAAGAAACUUACUCCUGAAGCUGUGGAAAGUCUCAAGAAGCAGUUUCCCGAGUUUGCAAGGUUAUGGGAAACAUGUCCACAACUCCAGCAGUUUGCUAAUUUCGUAGCCAAUGCACCUGACAACAUUGAUGUGACAAAGCUCGAAGCAAUGCAGGAGUACAUGAGCUAUUCCAGUGGUACUGCACAGGUUCCGGUCAAUGUCCAGAACUGA